AUGCGAUCCGGCUGUGCUCGUUACAAAACAAAACUUUUAUACCAAACCCUGCGAGCACGCAAAACAGCGCAUGACAAGCCGGCUAAUACUUACUCCGUAUCACUUGUGCUCCAUCUCACAGCGCGUCACACCCUGUGCACGGACACCCGCUUCCCGGGCAGAUCGCCCCAUCUCAACGCACCAAACACCGCUGCAAAGCACCCCAAUUUCGGCGACGUGCACCCGGUCUCGCUGCGCCGCGGGCGAUACAGCGGACGACCCUGGAGCGAGCAGGAAGACGCGCGUCUGCGCGAGGCGGUCUCGCAGCACGGCCGCGACUGGGCGCAAGCGGCCGCCCACGUGGGCAACGGGCGGACGAACCGCGGCUGCCGCCAGCGCUGGCUGUUGCGCCUGCAAACCAGCGUGAGUAAAGGGCCGUUUACGAUGGCCGAGAUGUCGCGUCUCCGCGACUUGCUGCGGGCGCACCCCAAGCAGUGGACCAAGGUCGCGCAGCUGCUCGGCUCGGGGCACUCCGGGGACCAGGUGCGCGACUUUGCCGUGAGUGGCAGCGGCAUGGCGGAGCACUACCGCGUGUGGACGGCGGAGGAGGAUCAGGCUCUGCGCGACGCCGUGGCGAAGCAUGGCGUGGGCAAGUGGGCCGCCGUGGCCGACUUGCUGGAACGGCGGGAUGACGCAAGCUGUUACUCGAGAUGGACCUUCUCGCUGGACCCCAAGUUGGUGCGGGGGGCGUGGAGUGAGGACGAGGAUCGACGGCUUGUGGCGGCGGUGCAAGCGUUGGAAAAGUCGGGUGAGCCGUUCCAUUUCGGAGAUGUCGCCGUUCUUAUGCAGAACCGGCGCCAUCGAAAGGCGUGCCGCUCCCGCUAUAAACGUCUCAUAGCGAAGGCGCAGGCUAGCAAGUGACGGAGAGGCGGAUGUUGACAGAGGGUACGGUUGACAAUAAAAUAGGGAAGAUAGUCGACUCGUGGUUGACAAAAUCGACGACGGCCGUCCUCUUUCGACACCUUCCGGCCAUGUCGAACGACACAGAAAAAGCGCCGGUUGGUGACAAGAAACGAUUGACCCUUGUGACGGGGAGGCCGGUUUUGACAGAGUCACGGUUGAAAAUAUAAUAGGGAUGGAGGUCGUCGCGCAACCUGACAACAUCGAAGACCAUCGUACUUCCUUGACACCUCCCACACCGUAAAAGGGCCGGGUAGUGACAAGAAAGGCAUGAUAAUU